UAGUAAAGAAUCGCUGCGGACGCAUGGUUGCAGGUCGUUCACGAGUGUCAGAAAUGCUUUCGGUCGGUCGUCGGUCGAACGGUUAGCGAAAGCCAGCGGUGGUAGUCAGUCGUAGUUCAUGAGUUAUAUGUGGCAGCUGUCGAUUCCGUCGGUGUCCGAAUUCGUUUGACUGAAAAUAGCUUUUUGAAAUUGGUUGUGUGUUUUCCGGAAGAGAAGUGCGUGUCAAAAGGAGGCAAGUGCCGAGCGCGAUCCGUGGGUCAAUUUAAGGGCGGUCACCCUGUGAGAGAAAAUAACCUGGCGGUCGCAUCACGAAGGAAGAAGUGUCAACCGAAGGUGAAAGGGAAUGAAUAGUGACCACUUGUUGCUGCAGUGAAGGUGAAGGUUGCUUUUUUCUUGCUGAUCGUCAGUGGGUGGGAAUGCAUAGUGUUGUCGGGAACGAGAGCAACAUAUUUCCAACUCCCCGCGCUUUGGGUAUCCUUAAGUGUGUUGUGUACAUUGAUUACCAGUAGAUUGUGUGGCCUUGUGCAUUGUAGCAUUGAUAUGCUAGCGCUGUUCGUGGGUCGCGAGAUGAACGAAUUAUUUCAGAGUGUAUAAUUGAAUAGAACAAGUGAAGCGCGGAAUAUUUUUCGUAUACCAGCGAUUUUUUUCGGUGUGAAUUGGUGUUGCUGAGGCUACUGUGAACCGCUGUGAUCAACAGAAAAAAAGUGAUGAAAAAAUAAUGAGAAGAAAAGUUUGGCCCGUAAUUUAUUGGGAGACCAUUUUCCACGCGGAGUUUUUGGGUGAACAACACGCGAAUCGUUCAAACCUUUUAUUUUACAGCUCCAGUGUUUUGUGCAGCAUCAAAUGCGAAAUCAAGGCUCACCGGUAGAUCUUGACCAGUGGCCGACAACCGGUCCGCUAAAUUGAUUGCCAAACGGAGUCAAGCUCUCGGUUGAUGGAUUCAAGCGGGAAAUGCGUAUGCCGUGGGCGAAUCCCGCAUUUGGCAGAGAAUUAGUAGCCUACCUCCGCGAGAUAAAAUGUAGAAUUUCAACAAUUACUUUCCCGAUUUCGGUAUCUCGUCGGCGAGUGGCAAACCUGGAUAACAUUUUGUGUCAACCGGUUUUUUGUGUGUGUUGGAGCGGUGUGUCAAUUGUGAUUUGAAUUUAGCCUUAAAAAAGGAAAGAAACUUUGAUACGGCAGUGAUAGAAAAAAGUGUGAAUAAAGAGAGUGCAGUCAAUGUUGUGCUCCAAGCUGGAUCCGCCGAGGGAACCGUACGACAGCAAAACAUGUUUCAAAACGCCUAAACCGAUCGUUGCAAUGAACGUUUCGCAAGGCUAUCCAGUGAACGAAGGCGGAACGCAUCCUGCACUGUAUUACCGUGAAGGAUAUAUGCACCACGGGGCUGCUGGAACAGCAGCCAUGGGGUACGAGGGGUUAGAUACUAGAUAUAAUCCGUCCGCAAUGAGUUAUUAUGCGCGAAGUGGUAGUGCUUCGGGUGGGGUAAAUAUUGCCGGUGUGACGCCGUCUUACGCCGGCUAUCCUACGGUGUCCCAGCAAGGGCCUUCGAGUGAGCGAUUCAGUUUUCCGGGUUGCCAUGUUCCACAGGCUGUUGGCGCUAGACCCAGAAGUCAUCCUUCACAGGUUGCUACGGCUAACCCACCGAGAGCCGGCUAUGGUGGUCACAAUGCUAUGCCCUGGUAUGGCGGGGCGCCACGGACCUACCCGAUUCCGCAGGAGCAUAUGUAUAAUAUGUAUCAUUACAACAGACACGAUUAUGAAGACUCAAAGGCUGCUUGCAAAAUGAUAAAUGGACGUGAAGCGCGAAAUCGCGCGGAGAAAAAUCGCCGCGACAAGCUCAACGGAUCGAUACAGGACCUGUCGGGAAUGGUAAAUCACGUGGCCGAUUCGCCCCGGAGAGUAGAUAAAACCGCAGUGCUACGAUUUUCCGCCCACGCGUUGCGACUGAAUUAUGUGUUCGGCAGAUCCAGACCGAAUGUGUCGGCCAUAAUGAGUCAAAAUGUGCAGAAUGUCCUGUUCGAAAUGUUGAACUGCUUCAUGCUCACGCUUACCUGUCGAGGCCAGAUCGUGCUGGUGUCCCCCUCGGUUGAGCAGUUUUUGGGCCACUGUCAGACCGAUCUGUUCGGCUUGAGCCUAUUGAAUUUGGUGCACCCGGACGACCAGGACACGCUCAGGCGGCAGCUUGUGCCAACCAACUUAGCGAAUUUGUUCGAGUCCUCGGCAUCCUUAUCAACGGCACCACCGUCCACCGCCGAAGAAGCUAGGAAGAGAUCUCAGGAAGAGGAGGAAGAAAUCGAUCGAAGGCUGUCCCGGGACCGACGGCGAUUUUUUAUCAGAAUCGCUCGAGCAGGUCCUCGGACGGAACCAACGAUAUAUGAACUAGUCAUCAUCGAAGGCAGCUUCCGGCGGGCGGACUUCGCUCCGCGAGGCGAGCAAUCUACCAGUCCCUCGGGACAUCAGUUAAUGAGGAGGUCACGGGGGCGUGACGAUGGAAUUACUCUGCAUAAUAUUAAUGGGAAUGAUAUUGUUCUUAUAGCGACAGCACGUGUAAUCGAAGUGCCAAAUAUCUGUGAUCGGCUAAUGGAGGCUUGCAAGUACGAGUACAAAACGCGUCAUCUUAUAGACGGUAGGAUAGUGCAAUGUGAUCAUCGAAUAUCCGUCGUAGCAGGAUACAUGACAACCGAGGUGUCCGGAUUAUCGCCGUUCACGUUCAUGCAUAAGGACGACGUCCGAUGGGUCAUUGUGGCGCUCCGCCAGAUGUACGAUUACAAUCAGAAGGACGGUGAAUCGUGCUAUCGACUGAUGACCCGCACUGGAGACUUCGUCUAUCUGAAAACUCGGGGCUAUCUAGAGGUAGAUAGCGCAACCAAUGUGGUGCAAUCAUUCGUCUGUGUUAACACCCUCGUUUCGGAAGAGGAAGGUCGUGAGCUGGUUCGUGAGAUGAAACGAAAGUUUUCGGUUAUUUUCAACCAAGAUGAACUACCAGUGGAAAGCGAUGAAGCUGCUGUGGAAAAUCCACUGCAAAUCGAGCGCGCUGUAAUGAACCUGAUAACGAAUCUUCAUCCAGAAGAGGAUGACCCAGACGAUGCGGUGUUUCCAUCGCCCAUGUCGAAUGCUUCAUCGAACGCUUCGUCGAGUGCCUCCGGGAAUACUCAGCAGCUUGCCAUAAUCGCACCCAAAAUUAGCCAAGUGAAAUCAGCGAUCGAGAAGAGUAUGAGCGUGAUUGGAAUUGCUGCCAAGGGCGCAUCCAGCGGCGAGAACGAAUCGGCUAGCCAGCAAGGACCAAGCACAAGCAAGGGAAACCAGCCCGGUGGUGCGUCAGUUCAACGUCCAACAGUGCUACAAAAAGUGCAGAGUCCGAGUGCUGCCCCAGAAUCCAGAGUGCCACCGUUACCGACAUCGGAACAUUACUUUACCCAGCCUUUCUCGCCUCCGAGUUCCAGCAGUAGCAGCAGUAACAGCUCAAUGCUAUCGCCCGCAUCACAGUAUCAAACCCAGCGGAAUAGCAGGAGCCCCUAUGGGGGCAGCAUUCCACCCACAUCUCCACCCGCCAUCGCAUCGACAUCCGCGUCGUGCUCUCGCAAUCUGGAACACACUGCGAUUGGUUACACGCGGACAACCAGUGUGCUGAAAAGGACCUAUAGCAGGAGCACCGGUGGCUGUGGUGUGGACGAAACAACCAACACCGAGAGCUAUACCGAAUCGAAACGCUACAAAAUAAUUCCUUCCGACCUGAGUGCCUGUCUGAGAAAAUUGGUCAAUCCAUCUUCGGAUCUCACAGCGAUGCUACCCAGUGCAUUCGACGUUGUUGAUCAGUCACUAGUCACGACGGAGAGUAUGACGGCUCUGAUGCGGGGACAAGUAAGUAAUAACGGCGACUUCCAACGCUCUCAGCAACGCCUUGAUAGGAUAGUGGAGGAACAACAGGAGCAACGAGAGAUAUUCCAGUCAAUUCAGCACGAGUAUACGUACGGAGUUCAGUCCAACGAUACCGGCGGCGUCAAUGAGCCGAACGCGGAAUCCAUCCUGGGAAACCUUUUCGAGGGAGACGUUGUGCUUGCAACCGAUAGUGCUGCGACGGGUGCCGGUCUAGACGUGAUAGAUGACAGUGCCGGUGUGGUCAGUAAUGUCGAAACCCUCGGAGGAGUAAUUGCCGAGGAACCACUAAGCCAGAUAAAUCCUGCUGAACUUUCAACAACCACAACGAUCGCCUCUGUCAUCACAUCCAGUCGAUCGACUGGCACUGGUGCAUCUUUCUCCGGAGACAACGAUUCAAAGUCCAGUUAAUAGAGAUGGCUCGUUUAGCGUGGUUUUGGGCUGGACGAUGAGUCUAGUGAGCUUAUGAAAUUUUAUCGUUUCGUAAUCCUCUCUCGGUUCCAGAUGACGAGAAGAUGAAUACGCGUACGAAAUAGAGCGAGAAGUAACAAAUUGAGCGAUUUUUGUUUUGUUGUUGUUACCACAAUGUCUAGUGAAAUAUGAGAUAGAUAAACCUAAUCAGGCGAUAUCGAAACCAUACCAAUAUGUGUGUGUGCGUACGUGUGAAUCAGUUUGUCUUGUCAAUUCGUUUGUGAUGGUGUCAAGGAUUUAAUCUGCGAGUGUCUGUUUAUGGUGACGGAAGUGUCUAAUUUUGCAAUUAUUUUCCUGUCCUGCCUAUUAGUAGUGACAAAGGGCAUUCUUUGAGACCUUCCUUUGGGUACAUGUAGGUUUGUUUAACUUCAACAUGUCCAUUUUGUUUAUAUUGAUUCCCUUAAAUGCGUUGAAAUGCGUGUUUUGGUAUCUUUUAAAUUUUAAUUAAAAUAUAACACAAUUCAGAUUCCUCAAACAACGGCUGGACUCCAAAUACUCGAAUUUUUCGGCUAAUGGUCGUACUUACAUAGUUCGCGACUGAUUAGUGGAAUAUUUACGGUAAUCCUGGUUACGUGUCGAUGAUUGAAGGGAGCUGACCACGUGUUUGUCAUCUGUUGUUGUGUAAUCUGCUCUUAAGCAACUGUUUCCUUUUCUUCUUGGGCUACUAACCAAAUUAUUGUAUUUCAUUGGCUAAAAUAUGUGUUGCAUCUGAAAAAUCUGAGUGCGUCUUCGAACACUGGAUUGUCAAUCGAAAACGAUUUACAUUCCCAAAUACGUCAGCAAAUAUAGCAGUUGAUAUACGAUCAAGACGGUUUUAUUUAAAAAUCUUCUUCAUAUAUUUUUUGGGGCAGUUCAUUCGCCUCUAGAUUAGAAAAAUCCAAUUCUUUCGGAAUCUAUAAAAACAGCCUAGGAACAAUAUUAUUUCAUUUGACAUUUUAUUAGGUCGUAACGAAAGUUCUCGCGGUUUUUAACCAUUAACUUUAAACAAACAUAACUCCGCUUAGAAUAAAUUUUCUUAAUCGAAAUAAGAACCAUUACAAUCAACACAUUUCUGCCAACGAGAAAUGCAUUUAUUUAUGCCGCUUGAGCAGAAGUCCGGCUCUUUGGAGGCCACAAAAGCGUUGAAUGCGUUUAAACGCUUUCAUAAAAACGAAAACUUAAGAAAUCAUCUAGGAAACAUGAACUUAGAGUAAUGGAGUUUGACACAUCGUGCUCCAGUGGUCGAAUUUGUAUCAGCGAGGCACAAUAUUUAAAUAUUACUGCUGAUCAGACGAGCGUAAAUCGGUCGAUUGAAAUGCAAAUGCAGCAUUUGCUCUGCGGGCAAUGUGGAUAGCGAAAUAUUGCAAUCUUAGCUCCGCCGUAGUCUAUUAUUUGAGUACAGUAAGACCUGUUUUUAUGUGCGGUAUUUGAGAAAAAAAAUUAAGCCAUCGGUCAUUUCACAUGGCUAGGCUUUCUAAACUACCUUUCCCAAGGCCGAGUGUUUAGUUCAGUUUUUCGAAUGGGUAUUUUUCAAUGCUAGAGACAAAUGAACUGAUGAGUUUUAAAGCCUCUAUAAUUCAAAACAUCAUCAUCGUCACCAUUCAAGUCGUCCCGCUCCAGCUAUCAGACACCAGUUUUCUUCAAUGCUGAUGUCACACUUACAGUAGUUUUGCUCGAUUCUAAGGAACAAUGAAAGAUAGAUAUUCGGCGGGGACACAACGUCGAUUUGAAUGCCAUCUGGUGAAGAGUGACUCUGCAUUUUUUCAUCACAUCAUAUUCCAAUCUGUAUUGGGGUGUAAGUUAAAAUUUUUUGAAUCGGAAGUUUGGGGUGUUUGGGGUGCAAAGUUUCUAGCGUUAAUACCUCUUUGUUAGUUGAACAAACUGGUAUGCCAUUCACUUCAUUCGAACGAUAAAAGAUGUAUGAGUAAUGCUAGUUACUUAUUGACCUAAAAAUUUGUUUCAAUAGUUCAAAACUGCUUCGAGAGCCAACUAUUGAAAUCACAAAAAUUUAUAAAUAUGAGUACCUUCUAGAAAGUUCAUCUAAGUCAAGAUUUUUCGAUACAUGUCGUUGGCUGCCAGUGAAAGUUCUCUAAAUAUUGUUUUAAUAUUGUGAAUGCAUUUUCAGAAUAUGCAAGACGGAAGCAUAGUGUAGAGCAAAAUUAAAGCAGAAGGUAAAUAUUAAAUAGGACGGAUGUCGUUGAAUUUCAUACCGUGGAUAUUGUACGAAUUGUUGAUUUUACGCGUUAUCAAAUGAAUAACGGUAGUGGGGGAUAAAUAUAUCAUCGCCAGGAGCCGAGCUAUGUGCAGUACGAGAAGGAUGUCGCGAUGCAUACUGAGUGCGUUACGUGUAUUGUUCUCUCAAGAACAAGAAUGAAUCAUGAAUCAAUCAUCUUCAGCUGCGUCUUCAAAACAACGCAUACCUAUCAGUUUUUUUUAAGGCAACUGAAAUUUUCGGCUGAAGACUUAUUUCAGAAAUUUCGAUGCAUUUGAAAAACAUAUUUUAUAUUUAUUUUUGGCUAGAGGGAGCAUCCGUGAAUUCAGGAGUGUGUUUGGAUUUAUUUGUGUGAUGAUGUUGUUUUGAAUUAUAAGGGUUUUAAGCUUCCUCAUUUUAUCUCCUUGAAAAAGCCCAAUUCGAAUAAUCAAACUAAAUAUCUCGGCCUUGAGAAAUACCACUUGGAAGGCCAUGCUGCCCUUUUUUUCUUACUUUAUUAUCUUUUUCCCGCACAACAUCGAGUCUCACUCGUGGUGCACUUGCAUAACUUAGGGCGUUAGAACGCCCAGCAGGGUAGUGGAAUCACUUGAUUUGUGGCGUAUUAAAUAAUACGGGAAGGUGUUAAAGAGGUUUUCAGCCGAAGGCUGGUUCAUCUCUGGCUGUUACCUUAUAAAUCGUGAAUGACUUAUUUGUGAUUGUUUUUUCAAUCGAUCAUUCUAUUUUCGUGAUUUCAAUUAUUGUUUCCGAGUUAAAAGAGACGUAAGGUAUUUUUCAGCGUUUGGAGUUAUGUUAUUCGGUGGAAAACUGAGGGUGAAAUUUGUUUCAAUGCUAUUGCUUUCGCCUCCGCCGUCACCACACAACAGAAUUGGUUCGGAUUUUAUGUUGCCGUUCUGAAUCUUUUGAGAUGUUCCGUUCUGCGUUGGAGAUGUAAUUUUGCUAGAAGAUUCUGAAAAGUUACCCAUAUAUUCAAGAAGAUCAGUUUUUCAGAUUCAGCGCUCAAGGCAGCGAGCAAUCAACAGUAUAUAUCAAUGCUUAGAAUUAUUUGAUAGUUAGGCUCUUGUCAUUGCUAUCAAAUAUUGGUAUUUAAGUGGUUUAUUAUAAAAUUUCUUGAUUGUUUGUUCUCGCCGGAAAUAAUUUCGUAGUUCUAUGUUAACAAUGCGGUCACGUCUUGCACAUCACCCUUUUUUAUUUAUGUUUGCUGCCCGCGACUGUAGACCAACAUGAAGCAGCUUCACGUGAUUCCGUAAGAGAAUGAUGGGUGGCCAGAAUGCACGGGUGCUUCCGGUUUUCGGAAACAGCUGCGUUUCAAAUCCGGUCACCGAAGCGUGAAAUGCCAUUGAUAAUUAUCGGAGAGAGAUAUCAACUUCGAGCUCGGUUUGAUUUGUAUAUCUGGGCGAAUGGCUUGUAUUUCGUUCGGAAGCGAUUCGGCUUGAGCGAUUUAACCAAGAGUAUGUGUAGCUUCGUUGAAUUCCGCAGUCCGGAGGAAUCCGGAAAGUUGAUUCUGGCGAUUAGCAGGCCUGCAGUUGAUACUAAACCGGCGUAAGCAGACCACCAGACGAACGAGCGAUGGGAAUGAUUAUCGGAGACUGAAGAUAGAAUUUGGAGGUUGGCACUGAACGCGAAGAGUUGUUGAUCGCUCUUUGCUAUUUCUGGAGAAAAAAUAAUAAUCAGCCUUACUGAUGUGAGAUGGCCAGAACCGGAAAUGUUGCCUAAACCAAGUGGGACCAUGCCUCCAGAUAUUCAUCUACUUCAGUUGUAUUGGUAACAUUCCACAACAUAUGAUGUUCGCAGGGUUUUCUAAUCCAGACACGUGUCCCCAGGGAACACCUGCACAGAUAUGCUGUAUCUCCGAAACCCUGUUGGCUACAAAUGUCGAUGAUGUUGGGUGAUCUCAACGCGGAACAACGAUUGUUUCUAUUGGAUUCAAUUAUUUUCGCAAUUGCAACCAACGAGAAAUGCCAGAAUGAAUUCGGGUAUUUCCGCUGUGUUCGACGACCAUUUACGGAGAGCGAAGCCUGGUGAUUCAAGAAGUUGUAGGAGGUGGCGACAUAGAACCUUUCUUUCUACUACAUCAUUGACCACGCUCAUCAUGUCGUCCAUGUAGAAAUCGUUCGCAAGAACACUUACAGUUGCAGAUUCAGGUGAUGCAAGGAGCCUUCCGUUUGACCAACUCGUACCAUUCAGAUGCUGAAUCCUUGUGAAACGCAUCGCACUUAAAGAUGGAGUUCAAUGCCUGGUUGCAGAAUGGGCAAGGUUUUUAUUAGGCGCUUACGACCGAGUGGAUGUGAGUGGAGUGGACAUAACGGAUAGUUGUCAAAUUCUUCUUCUUCCUCGUCGAUGAACUCCAACUUCAACCGAAUUUGUCUCGACGAUAUUUCUAUCUUUUCCGCACUUAUACACUUUAGUUUGAUGUUAAACUCAACUAUUCUGCACUAUUACUGCAGUUUCCUGUUCUAGACGAAACGAUCACUUUUCCCUAACGCACUAUUUGUGAACUGAACUAUGUGUCACGCUACCGCGCGACCCGACUAUAUUUCGACGUUUUACCCAAUGCAAGUUAUCCGGUUUGAAAGGAGCAAAAUAGAUGUACGAGAAAUAACUUUUUAGCUCGGUUUAAAGUGUAAGGAAGAAGAAUUUGAUUUAUUCGAUUCAAUAUCGACACGAUAUAGGAGUAGAUGCGUAACAGUAUGGUUCUUUCUCUUCGACUGACUAAUUUGGACUAUGCCUACUAUGUCAGGGGUUAAAAAAGUGGAUUCGUUAAUUUAACUUCAAUUUUGAACAUAGAGGUUCGGCACAUUACUCUGAAGAAAUGUGUCAUAAACAUCUCAAUUGAUGGAAAACUUCUAAUAUGGUUUUGUCAUAUUCAGCCAUCAUUGCAGUGCAAAAUGUUUGGAACAAGAAAUUAUCCUAAAUUGAGGUCCCUCCUCCAUUCGCUCUCCGAUAUUACAGGUAAAAUUUCUAAUCCCAGAUGAUAAGUUAGAUGAUUUCCAUUUACGCGAAGUGGGCUUUCAAUGAUCCGCCUAUCUUCUCUUCUGAAAUUAUAUACGAUACAUGCGAUAAUUCUGAUAAGAAAACAUAAACACAAGCGGAGCUGCUACCUGAAGGGGAAGAUUACCAGCCUCUUCGAAAACCUUGAAUCGCACUCGUUAUUCCUGAUUUUGGAAUCCUCCUCCAACGAGCAUCAUCCAGGCAUUGGUAGUGUCGAAGGGCGAUUUAGAUUGGUUAAAUUGGCUAGUGCUGAUAACGAUCUUUCGAAAAAUGAAAUUUAUUGCUUUGCAAUGGUCAAAGCUCCGCCUAUACGUCCUAUUGAAUCACCAAAGAUUACACGAAUGUUCCAAAAAUUAAGUUUACAAGGUAACACAGUAAAACUAUUUUUUUUACAACCAGAUGGCGCAGCGAGUGAAAUGAUGAUGUUUUGUUUUUUUUGUAUGGAAUUGGUUUGAUUUUUUCUGAAAAAUCAGAAAUUUUCUGCUAAUUUCCCGAAAUGAAGUAUUCUUUUCACGCUGAAAAGGUUAGAAAAUCAUCGUUUUACAUUGUUUCAUUCAUAACAUAUAACGAAUGAUUCGGUACAAGUGUUGUAAUUUACAUUUUGGGUGAUAUUUGUGGCGCUUCAAAUAUUGCAGAUCCUUCUCGUAUCGGCCGAAAGGAAUCUCCUCAAUGAUAUCAACAAACUUAAUAUGAUAUCGAUUACAUCGUCAUUAUCCACAAUUUGAGCUUCUGAAAAAUGUCCGGAAGUUAGUACUCAUAACCUAUAUUCACUAUCAAACAUAAACAUUUUGAAGAUUAUCUACGACUUUGGUCCAAUCGGGUGUUGGGACCAAUGUAAAUAGACGAAAAUAUAAUUUUAUCUAAACGCCAACCUUAUGAACUUUUCAGCCGAAUGUUAAGAUACGGGUCCCAAGUAAUUUACUUCAUGAAUAUGACGAAAUUAUUGGUAACCAUUUCGACGAGCGGAAUUUACAUGAGUUAUAAUAAUAACACUGUAAAGGUAAUAUUAUAUUAUCAGGCACGUAGCGUAACCGGCACGGCAGAAAUGCUACUGGUGAUUGAACCGAUGUCGUACCGAAGAGCGACGAACGCACCCACACCACGAACUUCGACGUUGGGUUUGUAUGUAUGGUGCUACUCGCCCAUGUAGUUCGCAAAAUAUUCUUUUCGAGAAUUCCUUCAUGCAUUUGUCUGAAGCGUGCUGUGUAUGCCCGGAGCCGUUCCGCUAUAUAUACGCAUACACAUUUGAAACACACGCAAUAAUAUUUGUCUUGCAUGAAACGUGCCGUGCCGGUUACGCUACGUGCCUGAUAAUAUAAUAUUACCUUUACGGUGCUUCCCUGCAACGUUCGGUUUACUUCUUCAACCGAAUACGCAGCUUAGCAGUUGUAGGGAAACAUUGAUUGCGAAGAGCAGAUGACGUACAUUCCUCUUACAGCCGAGGAUUGUUAUUGAAUUGUUAUCCUUUACCAUAUGAAAGCCUAUAUUUUACGAACUGUAAUUGGCAGUUUUCCCAAUGCACUUCAUGGACUAACGUGGACUAUUCUAGGAUUUCAUACUCGCCUGUUCAUUGUCUAUUUUCUCUCUUCAAUUCCUGAGAACUUCUCAGUGGCGAAAAACUGUGGCAUUAUUAAACCUUAACAAAAACACUAAAGCAGAUAAAGCAGGGUAAAACCAGUGGAGCAUAUAGAAACUGGUUAAAGGUUGUACCAACCUAGGGACUACCCAUCGUGGACGGUAUUGACAAACCUCACCACUCAAACGAACUGUAAAAACUGAGGAAAAAAACCUUGUGUGAAUCGUGUGCGAAUGUAAGUGAGUGAAUGAGUGUGUAGCUUAUACGUGGUGUUUAUCGGCGAUAAGAGAAACUUGAGUGAUAUAAGUUUUUUCACAUUGAAAUUGAUAGUAUUGUUCCCAUCCACAAAAUUUUUCCGGAUUAGAGAGAAGAUUGAUUAUAUAAUAGCGUAAAUGAUAGCGAAAAGAAACACGUCUAACUAAGCGUAUGGUACUGUACUGUAUAGGUUUGUUGGUAGUUUUUAGAGGUGUUUUAUUCUUAUUCAGAUUUUCUAUAGGUUCUAAAUUUCCUAGCUUCGAAACUUUAAACACUCAAAGAAGCGACAACAAAGCUUAGAAAAAAACAAACUGUUUUACCUAGUGCUAAGAGGCACGCUGUAACAUUGUUUUUAUUAUUACGUAUUACAGCAGAGAACACAUUAUACACUAGGCAAAUUUUACUCUGCGCAAGAAAACAGGACAGAGUCAGAGACAGAAACAAGAAACAGCAGCAAAACGGAAGCGCUAUUAAAGUUGGAGCUAGUUUCUAAUGAAUAGACAAAGAUUUAAAGAAAUAAUAACACAUCCACACACAUUCAACCAUUUGUAAAACCUGGCAGUGUUAUGAGUUGAAGCUGCACAAAUCGUGUCUCUAGUGUUAAACUUAGUGUGUAAGAACAUAAUGGCAAACUCAUAAUUGCACACGGUGUAUUACCUGAGAAAAUUGAAAACAAAACAAACUGGGUGGCAUGUAUGAAAAAUAA